UAGCCUAUAUGGAGCUAGUUAACAGAAUAACUGGCUAUAUGCAAAAUAAACAAGAAAUUAAGGAUGACUCACAACAGGCUAGCUUAUAAAUAUUUUAAUAGGUCACAAGUAAUAAACAUCCCAGAUUAGAAUAGGUUAUUCACUUACUGUUUGCUCUGCCCUUACCUAAAUCCAAAUGUCUGUAAUCAAUCAGGCAAAACAGCACAGACGAUUUAUCAUAUUACACAAUAUAUUCAUAGUUUUGAAAAUGUAAACUGUUGCAGUUAAUGCUUAACAUUGAAUCUUAAUUUUAACUUUUCGAAAUAAUCCAUUAAACGGGAAAUGUCAUGAAUAUUCACGUAUACUCAACCCACUGGAACAGUUUUUCACAGGAACCAAAUAUUACACAACACCGGUGUCACCGAUGACAAUUAAACGGUGGGAAAAUAUUCUUACUGUCACACCCUAUUCCUCUGAAAAUAAACACACAACAUCCAAUGAUCAAAAAACAGCAUAUACUUAUGAUACAAUUAGUCAGACAUAGCAAAAGUGUAAUUUUAAUCACUUAGUAGGACACCUUUUGUAUAAAGGUAAUGUUUCAUGGAGGUUAAAGGUUCUUUAUGGAACCAUUCAACUUUUAAUUAUUUUGUUGUAAUCUGUCUGUCACAUGUUCCACCUGUGUGUCUGCAUUUGCAUUUUUAUCAUGGGUGUGUUUCACUAUAAAUUCAGAAUAUACAGAGCUCUUUUUGAUUUCUCCUCAGCAUCACCACAAAUGCUCUAUUUGGUUGAAACCUAAAUUAUACAAUUUAUAAGAGGCAUCUUCUUUUCUUAGGACUUUUAAAUUUUUUCCUUGUUUAUCCAGAAAAUGUCUAUUUUUUCUUUAUUCUCAUCUCCAAGUCGAAGUGCUGAUGAUGAUAAAGAUAGUGACAGUUCUCAAAACGAAAGUGAAGAAAUGAAGGGAGAAGUUCACAGUUAUUUAGAGGAGAGCAUUCGUCCUUACAUUGAUCUGAUAGACACUCUGCGGUCAGUUGGCAUUCACAAGGACUUGGCAUUACCAACUAUUGUAGUGAUCGGAGACCAGAGUUCUGGAAAAAGCUCUGUGUUGGAAGCGCUUUCUGGAGUUGCAUUACCAAGAGGAAGUGGAAUUGUCACCAGAUGUCCACUAGAGCUGAGGCUGAAGAAGGUAACAGGUGGAGUCAGAUGGAAGGCUGUUCUAUCCUACCGUAAGAAGAGAAUUGAAUUUGUGGAUCCCUCAUUUGUUGCAGGUCCUAUUAAAGCCAGCAAACUGGCAAGUGGAAAGGUUGCAAAUGUAACUUAUGAUGAGAAGAAAUUUGAAUUUGGAGAUCCUUCUUUAGUUGAAGAACAUGUUGAAGCAGCCCAGAAUGAACUGGCAGGAAAAGGGGUUGGAAUAUGUGAUGAGCUCAUCACUUUAGAGGUCAUGUCACCAGAUGUGUGUGACCUCACACUGAUCGAUCUACCUGGAAUUGCCCGAGUCCCAGUUAAAGGACAACCAGAGGAUAUUGGAAACCAGAUCAAACGUCUGAUUAUGAAAUUUGUUGAGAAGCCAGAAACAAUAAACCUGGUAGUGGUCCCUUGUAACACUGACAUCGCAACAACAGAAGCAUUAAAAAUGGCACAAGAAGUAGAUCCUGAGGGCAAAAGAACUGUUGCCAUUUUAACGAAGCCAGACCUCAUAGACAAGAGAACAGAGAAGAACAUUCUGGACAUUAUCCACAACAAAGUGAUUCCUCUCAGCAAAGGUUAUGUCAUGGUGAAGUGUAGAGGACAACAGCAGAUCGAUGAGAACAUUUCUCUGGAGGAGGCGAAACAAAUGGAGAGAGAUUUCUUCCAAAAUCAUGACUAUUUCAGAUGCCUCUUGAAUGAGGAUAAAGCGACUAUUAAAUGUCUUGCUGUCAAGCUGACUCAGAAUCUUGUUGAUCAUAUCAAAAAAUCACUGCCACAGCUCAAUGAGCAGAUUAAAAAUCGGUUAUGGGACGUGAGUGAGGAGCUCAAGGAAUAUGAGGCUGGACCGCCAGAAGAUCUUAAGGGAGCCAAACAAUUCCUCAUUGAAAGCAUAAAAAGAUUCAGUGAUCAAAUCAACUUCUUAUCAUCAGGGGAACUCAUGAGUGGGGGAAAUUUGUAUGGCAAGCUUCGGGCUGAAUUCAAGAAGUGGAGUGAUCAUCUUAACAGUACAAAGACAUCCUUCAGCAAUACAAAAGAGUUGAGUCAGAAUAACAGAGGGAGGGAACUGGUCGGCUUCAGUAGUUACAGACUGUUUGAGAUGAUUUUGCAAAAACAUGUGGCCAAUCUUAAGGAGCCAUCCAUUGACUUACUCAAUACCGUCAAAGAAAUCAUCAUCUCACAGUUCAUUGAUGUGGUGAGUCGGUGUUUCCGGAACUACCCUGUCCUUCAAAACCUUACUAAGGACAAAAUUCACAACAUUCAGUCAAACCAGCAAGAAAAGACAAAGAAGAGGAUCAAAGAGCAGUUUGAAAUGGAAAGCAUGAUCUACACUCAAGAUCCCAUCUACUUGAAGUUCUUGAAUGAGAUUACAAAUGAGACAUUUUCAGAAGAUCAGUUACCAAUCUUUGACAAAAAGUGCAAGUACAGUCAAAUGCUGGAGGCAUAUUAUGAGAUUGUGGUGCAGCGGAUGGCUGACCAACUGCCCAUGAUGAUCUCUUUUUUCAUGCUGAAGGAGACUGCUCAGCUCCUGUAUACUGACAUGUUGAGUUUACUGGAAAAGCCAGAUGUGCGUGAUCUCCUGUUUGAGGACUCUGAUGUCAGCAUAAGGCGCAAUGACCUACGAGCGCGCCUGAAACGUUUGAGUACUGCUCAGGAAGCAAUUAGCACUUUUUGUACUGAAUAGAGGACAUUAUCUGAAAAUACAUAUAAUACACUGUAUAAAAAAAAUAAAAAAAAAACAUUAAUAUCCUCUAUAUACUCUAAAAAAAAUUAGAGUAAAAAAUUUACCGUAAUUUACCGUAAAAAAAUACAGUAGCAAACUUUCAUGGUUUUACGAGACUUAAAUUUAUGUUAAAACAUGUUAAUCUUAUAAUGUUUUAUAAGAUGACUUUCACUUAAAUUUUAUUAAAACAAGACAACAUAAAGUUCACCAGUGAUCUCAAACCCUUUAUAGUGCUGCAUAUGUUCAACAUCAAUAGCUUAUUUGCAAUCACAAGGUUCUGAUGUGCAAAAUUCAGCUGGAGGGCAGGAAGUAAAUAAACUACAAAAAAAAAAAAAGAUUAAAAAAAGGUAAAAAUUUCGAGACACAAAUUUGUAAGUGUUACAGAAUUACAAACUUUCUGAGAAUAAACGUUUGAACCGCAAGAUAUAUAGUUGCUAUUUUGAGAAACUGAUAAUUUUUGCAAUUACCUUAACAUCAAUUAUAAAGAAGUUCAUUUUUGAAUAGCAUAGUUCAUUCUGUUGCUUUUGUCUUAUGCCUUGAAUGAACAGCACCUGAAAAUGUUCUCUGUUCAGAUAAUGCCUUAUUUACCUCAGAAGAUUUGCUUUUGCUGUCUAAUGAUAGUGUAACAGGCUUAUGAAACUAAUUUAAUUUUUUUUUUUACAGACCAUAAAAAGAUUCACUGACCAAAUCAACUCCUUAUCAUCAGGGGAACUGAUGAGUGAGGGGAAAAAAUGAAUCAUGUGGUUCUGAUGAUGUGAAAAUUCAGUUGGAGGGCAGAAAGUAAAGAAACAGAAUGGAAGACAUAGAGGAAAGUCCGUAUUGUAGCGGUUUAGACAAUAUUUCAAAAGAUAGAUAUAAGCAAAAAAAAAUAAAUAAAUAAAAAAAAUCACUAAAUAUGUUAGACGUGAUCCUUAUGUUAUGAAGAGGAACGAUUUUUCUACUGAAUUGAAAGACUUGCCUGCCAUCGAGGGGGCAGAUAUAGAGGAUGUGAAGCUGCCGUCACGCUGUGUUCAGUUCUAGUCUGGUUUGUUUAUAUCUCUCCUGCUAGUGAGUUUAGGGCAGUAUUUUUGAUUUUGUCGUGAUUGUGAAAAAUGUCACCAUGUAGGUUAUUUAUGCUGAAUCAAGAAUUGCAAAAGGAACUCACAACAUCGUUCAGGAAAAAAACUGGACAGUGUAAUACAAUUUUUGCCUUUUCUACAUGUAAAAACACUAAGGCAGGUUGAGGAGCUGACAGGAAGACGGCGUAUAGCAAAUCUAAUGGCACUGAUUAAACCCACUGCCUAAUAAAAUAAUCACAUUGCUGAGUGUUUUUGAAAGUUUUGUAUUUUUAGUUUAAUAAUUAACAUUACAUUUGCUAGUAUGACUCACUUGACUUGUGAAUGAGCAUAACUUGCACACAGCCACUUCUAUGGG